AUGACUCAAGAAACACACGAAGUGCCCCCAGCGUUUGAACCCGUUCACACCCUCGAUCUUGUAUCCGUGAAAGACAGCAAGAUCAUCGGAGUCUCGGUUUACUCUGGACGCGCGGAGGUUACGCGUCUUUUCUCGUUCAGUGUUCAUACGGGCCAAAACCAGGUUAAUAUCUCUGGACUGCCCAAUGUCCUCGACCAGGAUUCGUUUAGGGUGGAGGGCCGCGGUGCUGCGACAAUCCACGACGUCACUAUAUCUACCAUCAUCCCACCACCAAUGCCGACAACUUCCACAGAGCUAACAUCUCUCGAACUGAAGCGUAAACAGACGGAAAAGGCUCUGGAGAGGGCUCGGAAGGCUAUUGCUUCACUCGAGACUUACCUUUACAGUGUCAACGUGGAACACGUCGCCGUCAACGCUUUGGGGGAAGUUGUGGAAAACUACGACUCUACAUGCGAAAAGCUUGAUGAUAAGGUCACUGAACUGGAGAAGCGGCUCGUUGGCUUCAAAAAGGCCAUCGAGGCUGAGCGCAAGAAGCUGUUCGGUCCGACAGGGAUUGAGAAGCUCAAUCUCAAGGCGUCCAUUGGGGUGUUUGCCGACCAUGAGGGUGAGGUAGAGAUUGCACUCAUCUACGCCGUCAGCAGUGCGAUGUGGAGUGCCGGUUAUGAUAUUCGCGUUGACAUGCAGACAAAGGAGAAGCCUAUUACGUUGAUAUACAAGGGGGCUAUCACCCAGAGCACCGGAGAGGAUUGGAACGAUAUUCCACUAACUUUGGAAACAGCCACUCCAACGUUUCGUGUCGGCGUCCCCUCCUUGAUUCCUUGGACCCUCUCAAUAUACCGCCCGCCAGUUGUAAGAUCGAAAGGAAUAAUGUUGGGCCACGGUAGAGGGGGAGGUGGACCGCCUUUGGCAUCUUUAGCUCACUCGCCAGCCAUGGCCCUUCGACGGAAGAGUAAACACAGUCCAGAUUUGGAUUUGGAUAUGGACGUAGACGACGAGUCCUUGAGCGCCAGCGCAAUGCAAUAUCGGGGUCUCGCCGUCUCCUCAAAGGGAAACAUCAGCGCUACUUUCACUGUCCCCGGGACCAUCACGAUUCCCAGUGAUGGAGUUGACCAUAACGUCACCAUCGUGCAGUUGAGCCUUGACUCUACGAUGUCUUGGGUGUCUGUUCCCAAGGUGGACGCGAAGACACAUCUUAAUGCCAAGAUUAAAAACGCAUCUGAAUACACCCUCCUAAGUGGCCCUGCCAGCGUAUACGUCGACGGAAGCUUCAUUUCCCGCUCCGACGUACCCGCCGUAAGCCCAGACGAGAAUUUCGAUUGUCCAUUGGGCCUCGACCCCUCCAUCCGAAUCACCUACCACCCCCGAGUGAAAAAGGUCUCCCAAAGCGGGUUCUACACCAAAACAACCAACUACGUCUUCUCGCAGCGCAUCACCAUCUUCAACACAAAAUCCACCGCAGUCGACAACGUCAAAAUCAUAGACCAGGUGCCCGUAUCCGAGGAUUCUCUGAUCACCGUUAAGCUGGUCAGCCCGUCCUUGGUAGCGCCGUUCUCGGAGUCGACGACGUUGAGCGGUGGGGAGCUGAAGGUGCCGCCGCCGGUCAAGGUUAGCCCCGGGGUUGUGGUGCAGUGGGAUGGUGCGGAUGAACCGGGGAAUGAUGUGGAAGGUUUGGGGAAGGAUGGAAAGUUUUAUUGGGUGUGUUCGGUGCCUUCGCAGGGCAAGGUUAAUCUGCUGUUGCAGUGGGAGGUGACUGCCCCUGUGAGGAUGGAUAUCGCUGGAUUGUACUAA